AGUGCCCAAAUUACUUUUGGCGGCCACUUUCAACUUCGCCACAUUAAAACCCUAAUUCCCAAUUUCUAAAACCCCCGAUACCCUCGCCACAGCUAAAACAUCACAGGAAAUGGCCACCGGACUCCGAUCAGUGACGGAAAGGACCGGCGGCGGUACCGGACAGCCAUUCCUAGACGCCGACCACGGAGAUGUGUUGAUGCUCGUGCAGCCAGGCGUCUCAAUCGUUCUCGGUAACCGCCAGCCCGAAUCUCCGGGCACUCUCUUCAUCUCCACCAAGCAAGUAGUGUGGUUGAGCGAUACGGACAGAGCAAAAGGCUACGCGGUGGACUUCAUUUCGGUGUCGCUUCACGCGGUGUCGAGAGACCCCGAGGCGUAUCCUUCUCCUUGUAUUUACGCUCAGAUUGAGACUGAAGCUGAGGAAGAUGAAUCAGAAGAAUCAGAUUCUGAGAGUGAUAGUACCUUAAACUUAUCGAAGAUUACCGAGAUGAGACUCAUACCCUCAGACCCUGAUCAAUUGGACAUGCUGUUUGCAACAUUUUGUGAAUGUGCUGAGCUGAAUCCAGAUCCCACCGAAGAGGGAGAAGAAGAACAUAAUUGGAUAUUCAGUGCUGAUCAACUAGAAAAUGAUGGUGAAGAGGAUGAAGAUUCAGACUGGGCUUUCGCUCAAAAUCCGGGCCAUUCUAUUGGUGCAAACGGGACUCACGAUUUGGUCCAUUCAGUGGUGCAGCUUCAGAUAAAUGAUCAGCGCUUUGAAGAUGCAGAUGAAAUGGUGCAAGAUGAUAAAAACGGUCAUAACUGAGCUACAGAUUUCUUCGUGUUCAGCAAUUAGGCCGUAUAAUCGUCGUAGAAUGAUAUAUAAUGUAGAUUUUGAGACCGUAUUUCUGUGAUUUCUCACUUUUUCGGAACUAUUGUAGCUAAAACCAGUUUUUAAUCCUACAUAUCUGGGAUUGAACACUUUUAUUAAUUUGUAGUACUUCACUUCAAACUUUUG